AUUUCAUUUAUGUUUACAUUUUAGUUUUAAUGUUUUUAAACUUUUGUAAAUUAAUGUCUCUUAAUAUUGAGUUUAAUGUUUUAUGACCUAUGAUAAUAUAAAUUGACGAAAUAAUGGUAGUUUGUAAGUUUUUCCAACAAGGCUACUGCCGUUAUGGACAAAACUGCAGAUUUGAACAUAUUUAUGGCUCCAAAUAUUCAUAUCAUGCCAAUCCUCCCGCCCAAACAGCACCAGCACAGUCAAAUAUUGUGACAGAUGAACAAUUAGUCAACCAAGUGAAAUCUGAUAUCCAAGCAGCACUAAAGGGCGGGCAAUGGAUUCUAUCCAGUUACGCACCCUUCAAAGAGAAACCAGGAUAUCCAGGCUUGUCAGAUUUGUCACCUGAAGAAGCAAGGUUAUUCAUGUAUGAAGCUAAAGCAAAUAAUAGUGUAGAACAAGCAGUGGUCUACUUUGACAAUCUCUACAAGGAAUCAAGAUAUAAAUAUGAACAAUUACUUCAACCAACAGUAAAUAUAAUAAAAAUUUUAAGGAGCAUUUACAAAGGAGAGACUGUAACACCUCCUCAAGCAUCAUUCGGUUCUUCAAAUAAUGCUUCAUCUUUAUUUAGAAGUGCUUUAAGUAAUACAAAUACAUCUGUAUUCAAUCAGACAACAAAUCAAAGUGUAUUCGGUCCAAAUACACAAACAGCUGCGAAGUCAAUUUUCGCGGAAGCCAACCAAGCUACAUUCGGUCCGACGAAUACAAACAUUUUUGCAACAAAUGAAACAGUACCAAAGUCAUUAUUUGCACAAGAAACUCAAAAGAUCUUUGGACCAACGCCUACGAAUAAUCCUGUUAAUAUUUUCGCGAGUGCUACACAAAAUAUUUUUGGGCCAACGGAAUCAGUUGGACAAAAUGUAUUUGCAAGUCAACCAUCCGUAAAUGUUUUUCAAAAACCUGAUCAGCCGAGUGAUGUUUUCGAAAGGAAGGAGCCACAAAAUGUUUUUAGUAAUGUAUUUGAACAGAAUUCUAAUACUAUUGAUAAUAUUUAUAGCAAAUUAGAAGAUUUGUCUAACGAUGAGUUAGAAGCUUUUAAGAGUAACGAAUUUAAACUAGGUUUCAUACCAGAAUUGCCACCUCCUAAAGAGUUGUGUUUUUGAACAAUUUUUAAAUAAGUUAAUAGCUGCAAAUUAUGUAAAUAAUCUUUUUAAGUUUGCUAAACAAAUCAUAUAAUUGUACUGUAAUUUUUAACGAUUCUUUUAAUUGAUUGUAAGAAAUAGUAAAAAUAUGCGAAAUCUUACAUUAACCGUUGGUUUC